AUGUCGACUACUACAACUAUCGAUGCAGCCAUAGAAUCUGCUGAACUGAACGGAGAGAGUCCAGGCUCCCCUGCCACCGCCAGCACAACGUCUGAUCCGCAGAGCACAAGCGAGGAUCCUGGCUGCGACCAGACGGUGAACGUCGGGAAGCGGAGAGACAUGCUUCAUGUAUGUUGUUAA